AUGAACGCGGUCACUCAGCCACCUACUAGUGAGACCUCAGUGGCUCCCAAGCGGAAGCUAAGGCCGGCUCGAAAGCAGGUCGAACAUGGAGAAAUAGAUAAAACAGAGAUGAUCCAACCUGGAAAGGAGUAUAAUGUGUGGUAUAACAAGUGGGCUGGAGGAGAUAAAGAGGAUGCUUUAGCAAAUAAAACGAAAGCUCAAACAAGAUGUAUCAUAAUUCGAGAUGCUGGAUAUACGAGAGCAGAUGCUACAGGUAACAAGUACUGUUGCUUGUUCUUUGCGAGAGGAUACUGUCCUUAUGGAUACGAGUGUAAUUUCCUUCAUCGAUUACCGUUACCAAGUCAUCAACUACCUGAUAAUUCUCGAGACUGUUUUGGAAGGGAGAAACAUGGUGAUUAUAGAGAUGAUAUGGGUGGUGUUGGAUCCUUCAAUAGAGUCAACAGGACUUUAUAUAUAGGGAAAAUACAAGAAAGUCCAGACAAGAAACAAGCGGAAGAAACUCUACUGAGACAUUUUGGUGAAUGGGGUAAAAUCUUAAGAUGGAAUAUACUGUAUAAUCGUGGUGUUGCAUUCGUCAUGUAUGAUUCAGAAUUGAACGCUCAAUUCGCAAAAGAAGCUAUGGCGAAUCAAAGUAUGGAUGGUGAUGAAAUAAUCAAUGUUAGAUGGGCAACGGAAGAUCCUAAUCCAGGAGAAAUAAAAGCUGAAGCUAAGAGAAUACAAGAGAUGGGACAGAAUGCUAUAGCAGGAAUGUUAGAUGAAGAUCUUGUAGAGGCUACACAGACUAUUCGAGCUUUGGAGGAAGGUGAUGAGCAAGAUUUCUAUCAUAUUGGAGCAACAAAAGCUCAAGAAGAGGAAGAAGAUGAGUAUCCUGAAGAACCUACCGAGGAAGAAGGAAGACCAGCUAAGAAAGUCAAAAGUGGAAAUGGAUUCUUCGAUGCAGACGCAUUGGAUAAUCUAAAGUUUUAUGCGGAAUUAGCUAAGAAACAAGCUUUGGAUAAUCAACAGAGAAUGAAAGAAAGGAAAAUACCACCAAAACCAGCAGGCAUCGCUUCUCUUGUUGGAGGGUACGGUAGUGAUGAUGACAGUGAUUAG